UGUUCCGCAAUCGGGAUUGUGUUAUUUUAUUUAUUUGAUUAUGUUGGCACGGGUUUAACUGUUAGAGAAUAACCUGUAUAUAUGUCAAGGUGCGAGGAAUUUAGCAGGUCAUUGUCAUCAGACAUCGAUAAAUCAGGAAUGCCUGUUAACCACUGAUGGGAGAAUAUUGGGAAGUACAUUGUCUCUGCUCUCAGUGUGGCCUGUCCCACCGUGAUAGCAAUUCAUGAUGGAAAUUGUUUAUCUUGUACCCACAGCUCUACCAGAAGAAGCAUCACUCAAUGCUGAACAUUCUGUCAAGGAGAAUGACCCAAGUUGCUAUGAGACAGAACUUCAGAUUUCUCCUUCUGUUCCUUUGGAAGAGACUGGAAACACUGUGUCCUUGACAACCUUUCUGUCUGCAGACAAAGAGAAUGGGAACGCCAUGCUUAUGCCCCUGGUGGCAGAUUCGGUCAGCAGUUUAACCAGUCAAGCAGACACUCGGGCUCUCCAGUGUAACAUUUGUUCCAAGAGAUUUUCUCGACAGUCAUACUUGAGGCUGCAUCUGAGGAUGCAUACUGGAGAGAAACCCCUAGAGUGUGAGCAGUGUGGGAAAUCUUUCUCCGAUGGAAGCAGCUUGUCACGCCACAGACGAAGCCACACGGGAGAAAGACCACACAAAUGCCCUAAGUGUGGAAAGGCGUUUUCUCAGUCAGCACACCUCCACACGCACGUGAGCAGUGUUCAUUCGGAUUCCAGGCCAUUCCACUGCGAAACUUGCCAGGCCACCUUCACCAAGCUUUACUCUCUCCGCCGACACAUGCUGGUGCACACAGGCGAGAAGCCGUUUACAUGUGAUCAGUGUGGCAAAUCCUUCAGGUCCUCAUCUUCCCUGAUAAUUCACAACAGGACGCAUACAGGGAAGAAACCUUUCACCUGUCAGGUGUGCCACAAGAGCUUUGCUGAUUCCUCAGUGCUUAAAACCCAUGUCAUUGUUCAUAGCGGCGAAAAACGUUUCUCAUGCACGAUCUGUAGCCUUAAGCUUUCUUCACGUUGGUCUUUGAAGAAGCAUUUGGAGGCCAAGCAUCAGGUAAAAUCUGGAACCAAGGCUUCAGGACACCCUGAGUUAUUGGCAAGUCAACGGUUCCCUUUGGAAACUGCAUCACAUGAUAGACUUGUAAAGCGUCCUGUGCCAGUUAUUAGCAAUGUCAAGGCACCCUAUCAGUGUUCAAUUUGCUCCAAAAGCUUUCCCAACGUCAGCAAUUUAAAACGCCAUUUUCGAAUCCAUAAUGGAGAGAGACCGUUUGCAUGUGAGGUUUGCAACAAAAGGUUCAGACAAAACACACACCUGAAAACACAUGUUAAAAUCCACUUGGACGAUGCUGUAAAAUCCAAAUGUCCUGAGUGUCAUAAAGAUUUUAGUGACAGCUACAGUCUCAAAAGGCACAUGAAGAUGCACUCUGGUGAUAGAGUGUAUAAGUGUUCCUUUUGUGGAGCCUCAUUUCCCAACCAUAGCUCCUGGAGAAUUCAUCAGAGGAAGCACACAGGAGAAAGGCCCUUCCAGUGUACAUACUGCCAUCAGAAAUUCUCCUACAACCAUGUUCUGAGGAGACACAUGAGAAGCCACACGGGGGAAAAACCCUACCCCUGUGAAAAGUGUGAUCGUUCGUUCACUGAUAGCUGGGCCAGAAAAAAACACAUGCGAAAACACACUGCUGAGAAAUUGUUGGUGUGUGCUGUUUGUAAGAAGAGCUAUUCUAAUGAUUGCUCUCUCAGGCAUCACGUGAGGAAGAUGCACUCGGGAAAUAAUAUGUCUGAAGCCGAAAACGCAUGUCCUUUUUGCCAACAAUCAUUUGAUAUGGACUGGCGCAUGAAAUUGCACAUGGAAAGUUGCCAUGGGAAUGGUACGAAACCAUCUGUCGAGGAACCGGCAUCAGCUUUGGGGAUGGCGUUAGCGCAUAGAAACCCUGGUAGUUUUGGUGAAACACCGUCGAGUGAAAGGCUGCCACCUGAAGUCUUGGACGGCAUAGGAAUGGUGGGUUGUGGUGAAAGGACAGCAAGUGAAAAAGACGUGUCUUUGGAAAAUUGCCAUGAUCAGAGUAGUAGAACACCGGCGGAUGCAACCACCAGAAAUGUAGAUGAUAGCCAUGGACAAAGCAGUAAAGAAUCACAGGAUUGUUCUGGAAUGGAAAGCCAACCACGUGGUAUUGGGACUUUCCCAGUUCUUGAUAUCGGGAGAAUAACCAUCGAUGAUUGCACAAAUCCAUGUGUUGAUUCCUCAACAGUUACUCAUAUUGAGGAAAUUGGGAGUCAACAUGAGGAGGGGGGUGAAAUUGGAAGCAAGGAAUUGGCUACCAGCUUUGGCAUUGGUCAGUUCGACAUAUCAAAUGCUUUUGGGUGUGAGACGCCUACCAGUGAAGUUAUGGGAGGAGAAGUUGGUUUGGAAAAACAACUCUCGGCAAAUCCUAGAGCAUUGCAAGACCUUCCGAACGAAGAACUAGUUGAUAUUCCCAACGUGGACUGUAGAGAACUUAUUCACAUCGACCUAAACGUUGUUGACACUGACCAGACUCAUAGCGUUACUGAGCCAAACCCGGUACUGCCGAGAAUUCCAAGUUCUAGCGUGUCAAGGAUUUCUCCGCAGCGAAGUAUGGAUACCUUCAAACCAAUAACAGAAGUGUCAGAGACUGGGUCACCCGAGAACGAUCGUUUGUUGGACAUCAACAGUGUAAACAGUACCGGCAUUUGGAAUACGGAUUUAACACUUGUGGAGAAGAGUGGAGCACAGGCGUUUUUAGAACAUAAAGAUGCCGGUUCUCUAUCAGUUCGGCAGGAUUCUUCAAAUCUUUUCACCAGAGCCAAGAGGAAAGCAAAAUCAGAUACGAUCGGCGAUGAAGAUUGUAGCGCGUUUAAGUGUUGUGUGUGCGAUAAAAUUUUUACUCUGCAGUUAAUGUUGCAGCUCCAUCAAGAGACUGCUGGCCAUUGUCAAGGCGAUUAAAAAAUAUAUAUUCAUAUAUAUUAAAUGAUGCGCUAAUAUGGUAUCCAGUUCCUUGUUCUUUUCUCAUCUAUACAAAGAUCUGCAGACGCACAGUUUACCAGUGUAGCUCUAGCUGAAUUGGGUUCGGCUUGAUGUCUCGCCAUGGUGUGGCAGAAAAAUUGCCGAUGUGGCAUUUUGCCAUAAUUAUUCAUUCGGUUUGAUGUCUGAAAGUGUGUGUAUGAGGUAGCUAUAGUGAAGUGUGGUAGUUUACAACAAUCCUCGACCCAUUAAUCUGGCUGCGCUUUUUUGUACAGUUGCAACAUAUUUAUAGACGUACAUUCAACAUAAAGAAUAACACGAGAGCAGCCACGACAGUGUCAUAGCUGGCAUAUAUGUAUGUUCACACAGAACCGGCGAAAUACGGUCUCUUGUCAAUUUUCCACAGUCGGGGUUUUAUUCUUAACAGUUCAUGU